AGGCUUUGUUUGGACAGAGCGAUACACAUGCGGGGGAUGGUACACGUGGCUGUGUGUUUUUAAGUUGCUCCGAACAUUUGUGAGUAAAUUAACACGUGACUGAGUUAAGUACCACGUGACUGUGUGAAUAUACAUGUAGCUGAGGCCACUGACUGCACGUGUGACUUAGUUCAGGGUACAUGUGACUGUGUGUAAGGGUGCUCGUGACUAAUUUUUAAGUUAUAAAUUACUGUACAGUAUACAUGUGGCUGGUAGCACUCGGAUAACUGAAACUACGCGUGCGACCAAGUGUCGCCUGACUUAGUGUAUACAGGAGCAAUGACCCUUACAAUUACGAACAAGCUUGGGUUUUUGCGUGUUAUUUUUUGGUUUAAUUUCGCACUAUUAGGUGCAUCCGAAGUAGCAAAAUUUAAAGUAACCGAGUGGAAAGGUUGUCCCGAGUCAGAAUUUCGAUACCUUGCAAUACCACAGCUCUCAAUUGGUGAAUGUGCACACGAGUGUAAGAUACGACCAAUAUGCAAAUCCGUCGUAUAUCGUCGGCUUUUACAUUUAUGCGAAAUUUUCUCCACGGAAAAUGAAAUAGUAUUGAAGUCCCCGGGCAGAUCUCCAUGUGUGUUUAUUCGCAGAAAUGACAUCGAACAGGACCAGGACCCCUGGUGCAACUGUACUGAAAGACAGGUGUAUAACACUCUUACCGGUGCUUGUACAGUCAAAGAAUGUAGCCCGUAUAACGAGACAGACUUUGCAAUUCUUGGCAACCAAAACCACAUCGGAGCGAAAGUUGAAAUCGCAUGUGACUUAGGUUGGGAGACAUUGAACCCAACGGCAACUUGUCAGUCAGAUGGGAACUGGAGCCAGGAACUGCAGUGUACACAAAAAUGUCCAGUAAUGAAUACUAUCUUGGUACACCAAGAAGGCACGUCGGAUUUCAGGCUUCAAUUUCACCUGGAAAAAAUUAGCCAAUCAGACGCAAUGGCAGAGUGUGAAAAAUCUCAAACGAGGCUUGUACGCAUAGACAGUGAAGUGAAGCGGUCUUACGUCACCAACAUACUUACUGCAUGUAGAGAUCUUAGCAAAUAUAAUUACUGGACUGAUGGAUCAAAUAAAAAUCCGGAUUACCCCAAUGACUGCAGUAUGUGGUUCUCAGAUGGCACCAAAAUGCCUCUGGGUAACAAGCACUGGCAAGACGACAGACCGAUAAAAUAUGACUCAAGCACAAUGUGCGCUAGAAUGGAAAGCUAUUCGGAUUUUCGCUGGCGGGACGCAUACUGUUAUGAAAAUAAUACCUUUAUUUGUGAGAAGAUUCCCCAAUGAUAUGUUGCUGUAAAAAUUGAAACGAGAGGCAGAAUGACGAACAAAGUCAACGCAAUUUUACAUACCGUAAACCCAAAUAAAUCAAGUAGGAUCCUCUACACAUAUCAAGACGGAUUCUACACAUACUGUAAUCGAAACAUGACAAACCCCUUAAUUCAAAUAUAUCAAGCAGGAUCCUCAACACACUGUAAUCCAAUCACAUCAAGCAGGAUCCUCAACACAAGUUGUAAUUCAAUCACAUCAAGCAGGAUCCCCAACACACUGUAAUUCAAUCACAUCAAGAAGGAUCCUCAACAUACUGUAAUCCAAUCACAUCAAGCAGGAUCCUCAACACACUGUAAUUCAAUCACAUCAAGCAGGAUCCCCAACACACUGUAAUUCAGUCACAUCAAGAAGGAUCCUCAACACACUGUAAUUCAAUCACAUCA